AGGCGAAAGGCCUUCUCGAGGCGGGGGGGGCAAAGAUGGCGGCUGCGGAGUGGGAGGACCGGGGGGAAAGGUAGCUCUCCUCCCGGCUCGGGUAAACCACGGCUCGAAGGACGGCGGCCGCGGGCUGGAAGGAAGGAUGGGGCCGGCCGCUGCCUUCCUGGGCCUGCUGCAGGGGAAGGCGGCGCCGCGUGCCCUCUGCGCUGGGUGUGGGCCGCAGUGGGGCCUGCUCAUCUCUGCCCCGGGAGCAGCGGGACGAGGGCAGCGCGCUGGGGGCCGGGCCGCUGCCGUCACCUCCCGUGCCCCUCUGCGUCUUCUCGGGCCGCGCGCAGCUCUUGUUCCGUUUCCUUCUAGAGAGAGUGUAAAAGGGAGAGCGAAACUCCGCUUGAGGGAGUGCGAUGUUGGGGACAAGUUCUCUCAUCUGCCCCUGCGCAAGGCCUCCGUGCUGCUGCCAUUGCUGCUGCGGGACGGGGCGCUGUGCCUGCUGCUCACCGUCCGCUCCAUGCAGCUGAGAAGAUCACCUGGGGAAGUGUGUUUUCCAGGAGGUAAAAGGGAAGAAAUGGAUAAAGAUGAAAUUGAUACUGCUCUCCGAGAAGCCAAAGAAGAAGUAGGACUGCAGCCAGAGAAGGUCGAAGUCAUCUGUAGGCUUGUGCCUGGAAUUGAUAAAAUGAAUCAUUUGGUAACACCAGUUGUAGGAUUUAUAGAGGAUACCUUCCAAGCCUCUCCUAAUCCAGAUGAAGUGAGUGAUGUUUUUGUUGUGCCAUUGGAGUACUUUAUCAAACCCUUAAGUUACAUGGCCUUGCCGUAUAAAAACUCAUCUGGUUACUUCAGCUGGAUGCACUGCUUCACAUAUGAUGACCAUGAACAUAAAAAGUCAUUCAAGAUAUGGGGACUUACUGCACAUUUUGCUGUAUUUCUUGCUAUUGUAAUUUUUAGAACGAAACCUACCUUUGAGGUUGAUUAUGAUCUUGACAACUUAAUUACAUCUGCUGAGAAUAAUUUUAUGAAUUUAUAUGCAUCCAUAAAUGAGAGGAAGAAGAGUAGUCUAUAACAAACUGGUCUGACGGUCUCUAUCGAAGGAGGAAAAAGGUUUUGGUUUGUUUUCUUUGUAUCCAUUACUUGAUUGAAUUUCACACUUGCAUUCCUGUUGAAUUGGAAAUCUUUUUUUUUUUUAAUAAAACCGAGUAGUAAAACACUAACUAAAUUCAUAAAUUUUAUCUGGUCUUGGGUUACAAAAGCACACAGUAUUUUUUUAGGAACUUACCAUAUAGAUUUAGAAGGUCAAGUUCAACUUCUGCCUUUGUUUUGUGUGAUUCAAGACUGACCUUCUGUGUCUUUCUUCCAUUUAAUGAAAUAACACUUCUGAAUUUUGCCUGUUUGAAAUAGAAUAUAAAAACUUUUUGGGAUCUUUCCACGUCUUACUGUGUGACAUAUUGCAAGUCUUCAAUGCAUACAGUUUUGUUUGCUAUCUUUAACCACUUAAAAAAAUGCAUAAUAAAAAUAUAAAAGGUG